GAGCGGCAUCGCAAGCUUCACGGCAAGCGCCUCGACCAUGACGAGCGCGCGCGCAAGAAGGCCGCCCGCGAGGGGCACAAGCAGAGCGAGAACGCGCAGAAUCUGCGCGGCCUGCGGGCCAAGCUGUACGCUAAGCAGCGACAUGCCCAGAAGAUCCAGAUGCGCAAGGCGAUCAAGCAGCACGAGGAGCGCAACAUCAAGGGUGCCCCGGCCGAGAAAGAGCCGUCCGACCCCGUCCCCGCCUAUCUGCUCGACCGAGCCAACCCGACCACGGCAAAGGCCCUGAGUUCGCAGAUCAAGAAUAAGCGGGCCGAGAAGGCGGCGAGGUUCUCGGUGCCCAUCCCCAAGGUUAGGGGUAUUAGCGAGGAGGAGCUGUUCAAGGUUGUCAAGACAGGUAAAAAGACACAGAAGAAGGGGUGGAAGCGUGUUGUCACAAAGCCAACUUUUGUCGGACCCGACUUUACAAGACGACCCGUCAAAUACGAACGCUUCAUCCGGCCAAUGGGUCUGCGUUACAAGAAGGCCAACGUCACCCACCCGACUCUCAAUGUCACAGUACAGCUUCCCAUUCUCGGGGUGAAGAAAAACCCAAGCAACCCUCUUUAUACCCAACUAGGUGUUCUCACCAAGGGUACCAUCAUCGAGGUCAAUGUCUCCGACUUGGGUAUUGUUACAGCGUCUGGAAAGAUUGCUUGGGGCCGUUACGCGCAAAUCACGAAUAACCCGGAGAACGACGGCUGCUUGAAUGCUGUUCUUCUAGUAUGA